AUGUUACGUUGGAGAAGUCCGACUUUACUUCUAUUCUUAAGUGCCAUGACAACAUGUGAGGGUGCAUAUGCCAAAUAUGCCCAAAAGCUCCUGACAGACCUAAUGACCAACUACACAAGUGCACUGAGGCCUGUGGAGAACACAGAUAACAUCCUGAAUGUGACUCUGCAGGUUACACUCUCCCAAAUCAUCGACAUGGAUGAGCGAAAUCAAAUUUUGACUGCUUAUUUGUGGAUAAGGCUAGUCUGGUUUGAUGCGCACCUGAGAUGGAAUAAAGAUGAAUACGAUGGACUCGACACCAUCCGUAUUCCUGGUAGUUAUGUAUGGAGACCUGAUAUAGUCCUUUAUAACAGCGCAGACAACCAUUUUACCGGCCCGAUGGAUACCAACGUGGUGAUUCGGCAUGACGGCCAGAUGAUGUGGGAUUCCCCUGCUAUCACAAAGAGCUCAUGCAAAGUGGAUGUGUCCUUUUUCCCCUUCGAUGGUCAACAGUGCAGGUUCACUUACGGCUCCUGGACCUACAAUGGAAACCAGCUGGACAUCCUGAACGCCAUGGAGAGCGCCGACCUGGCUGACCUGGUGGAAAAUGUGGAGUGGGAAGUUCUCGGCAUGCCGGCAAAGAAGAAUAUUGUUCAAUAUGGAUGCUGUGCAGACCCAUACCCAGAUGUGACCUACACUCUGAAACUAAAGAGAAAAGCUUCCUUUUAUGUUUUCAACCUUCUCAUACCAUGUGUGAUGAUCUCUUUUCUGGCUCCACUGGGCUUCUACCUGCCUGCUGAUUCUGGGGAAAAGGUUUCUUUGGGUGUCACUGUGAUGCUGGCACUCACCGUCUUCCAGCUGCUGGUUGCAGAAAUUAUGCCACCUUCUGAGAAUGUGCCACUAAUUGGAAAAUAUUACAUUGCAACGAUGACAAUGAUCACAGCCUCCACUGCCCUGACCAUCUUUAUCAUGAACAUUCACCACUGUGGCCCAGAUGCCAAGCCCGUUCCCAAGUGGGCUAAGAAAGUCAUUCUGCAGUACAUGGCCUGGAUGUGUUUUGUCUAUGAAGUUGGGGAGAACUGCAUGUCGGCAGAGUCAGAGAGACAGGAACCUGUAAGCAACACCAGCUGCCCCAUGAACGGGCAGGUGUGUCCAGGAAGAGAGGACGACUGCAUCAUCAAAAGUGGUCAGGAAACGGUUGGAUCUGUCAUCACAGAGGAGAGAGAAGAAAUGGAGCAAAUCCUAAGUCCACUAGGAUCAGUAAGGAGGAAUCCCACAAACAGCACUAGGAGGAAUGGCAUCUUCAUGGACUGUGGGGAGUCAGGGGAUCCGGUGAGAUGCAGAAAGGGAGGAGUGAGUGAUGUGGAGAGAAAAGAUGACGGGAUUUCCUGUAACACUCAUCCUAACGAUGGGCCACUGCUGCAUAACAUUGAGUACAUCGCCAACUGUUACAGAGAUCAGAGGGCCACACAGAAACGAACUGGGGAGUGGAAGAAAGUAGCUAAAGUUUUAGAUCGCUUUUUCAUGUGGAUGUUUUUUAUAAUGGUGUUUUUCAUGAGCCUCCUUAUCAUGGGCAAAGCUGUUUAA